AGGCGCGUUCGCACACAGAUUUUGCUGGAGGAUUGCUGGCGAUUACAAUCGACGCGCCCUGGCCCACCUCAGCCUCAAGCUAUGAUUAGCUUUAUUGGCGCAAUCCCGCAUAGCUACGGUUUGGUGACGUCCCUCCCCAGAAUUCGACGAUGCAGCAGGUCAAGCUGACCCAUUUUCGAGCCAUGGGUGCACUUUUUGGCCGGCGUCAAACACCCUGGGUCCGCUGCUCGCAUUCGCCAUUCUCAAUGGCGUAGCAAAUGGUGUAUACUUCACUGUCUUUCCCACAGUUGUGGCCAGCAUCUUCGGCCCUGGACGAGCGGCUGUGGCGAUGAGUAUGUCGAUUACCGGAUGGACUAUCGGGUACCUGCUGGGUGCGCCUGUCGCGGGUUACAUCUUGCAGGCGUCAGGAGGGCAGGAGAGGGCUGGACAAGGCAACAUUGAUGUGUAUCGCCCAGCAAUCUUCUACGCGAGAGGAGUAGCUUUAGUCUCGAGCAUGUGUGCGCUGUUGGCGAGACUGAACAUGGCCAAGAAGGUUGCCAAGAGGGUGUGAAGCCAGUGCUGUAUUCGCUUGAGGAUGUAGAUACCACAUUGGUGACCUCCACAGGGCAUCCUUACAACCAC